AUGUCUCCAUAUAAGGCUUUUUACGGGAGGAGGUAUAGAUCAUCAAUUGGUUGGUUCAAGAUUGGCGAAGCUGAGUUGAUUAAACCAGAUUUGAUUCAUCAAGCUAUGGAAAAAGUAAAGAUUUUCCAGGAAAGAUUAAAGACUGCGCAUAGUCGUCAGAAGUCCUACACUGAUAUUAUAAGGAGAGUUGGCAACGCCGCCUAUGAGUUAGAGCUUCUGCCAUUGUUAGAUGUCGUUCAUCUGGUGCUCCAUAUUUCUAUGCUUAAGACAUGUUUGGGAGAUCCUUCAAUCAUUGUUCCUACAGAAAACAUUAGAGUGAAAGAUAGUUUCUCCUAUGAGGAGAUUUUUGGACAAAUUCUUGAUCGACAGGAAAAUGAACCAAGGGAAAUUACUGACGCUACUAUCUCGGCGAUUUCCGCACCAGCGGGAAUAUCCCGCCAGAGCGGGAAUUAUCCUGCCAGAGCAGGAAUUAUCCCGCCAGGACAGGAUCUCGCGAGAUAG